GGCCCCAUACCAUGGCAUACACGACGACGCACACAACCAACCAACAGAACGAAUGAAUGUAAUUCGAAGCCAUCUUGGAGAGAUAAAUCAACACAAGAGCGCUCGCAGCCGUGUUUAUUUGUUCGGCAGUCGGUCGUCGGCCAGCGGAAAGCGUUCGCCGAGUGCGUGCACCGGUUCGGCAAGUCGGCAGCGGCCGUUUUGAGUCGGCAUCCGAGAUAGACAAAAACAUAAAGUCGGCGGAAAAUUUGAUGGGCGGCGGAUCGGUCGUGCAGGAGAGGAUGAGCGACGGUUGUUGUUCCCAAGAGCAGCAGCAGCACCGACGAGAAUGAGAGAAAGCAGCAGCAGCGGCGACGCGGGCCACGCCGGCUGGCUGCGCUGGAUCACGGAGGCGAUCCACAAGAUCCGGCAGCAGAAGCAGCGGCCCUCGCUGGAGCGGAUCGCGCACACCGUCAAGCACCAACACCCCAAGGCCGACGAGGACUGCGUCGAGGAGCACGUGGUGCGCGCCGUGCGCGACGGCACCCUCGUCAAGGUGGUCAAGAAGGGCGUCGUGUCCUUCGUGCCCCCAGAGGCGGCCGCUCUCUCCAACCGCCACGUGACCGCCUCGGCCGACACCGACCUGACCAAGGAGGUGUGUCGCGCCCUGCGCGAGAUUGGCGACAGCUCGUUGAAGGCCAUCGAGGCGCACCUGCGCGACACCAACUCGGUCAGCGUCGAGGACGACUCGGUCGACCUCACCGCGGUCAUCAAGCAGUCGCUCAAGCGGGCCGUGGCCAAGGGGCUGGUGGCCCAGGACGGCCGCCACUACCGGGUGCUCGAGUUCAAGAGUCCGGCCGGCACGCCUCGCAAGAGACGCGCCUCCUCGCCGGAAAAGGAGCCGCCAAAGCCGCCGUCGCCUACGUCCUACUGCAGCGAGUGUCUUGGCACGGAGGCCCGAAAUGGCAGCGGCCAGCCCGAGGAACUGAGCCAUUGUCACUUGUGCGCCACCUCGGCCCACGUGUCCUGUGUCGUGAGCGAUCCGUCGCUAAGGGCGCGUCUCCAGGGCGUUCAGUGGGCCUGCGCCCAAUGCGACGAGUGCUCGCACUGCGGCCAAGAACCCCCAGACAAGAACUGCAUUGUCAAAUGCACAUUAUGUGCGUCGAGCAUUCAUCUGGAAUGCGCGCGGCUCGGCAAGAAAAAUAAGGACCCCAUUGCAUGUGAUGACUGCGCCAUGCCAACCCCAAGAAGAGGAAGACCGCCUAAGAACCAGAGCCCCAGCAGGUCUGAGGCAAAGGAAACGCCAAAGUCAAGCUGUAAGAGCCGGGGCCGAACGCCUAAAGAGAAGGACAACACUCCAAAGCGUCAGCAAAGACACAGCAGCAGCUCAGAGGGUAAUGAUCUUUCCACUUUAUCUCCGCCAGCCACUCCCCUUUGCCAGGAGGAAAAGAGUGUAAAGAUUUCCAAAGAAAAGCAAAAGUUCUUCAGAGCCAGUUAUGCAGCCGAGCACCAGCCCAGCAAUGGUCGAAACAAAUCGUCCCCCCAGAAGUCGACCUCUCAGUCUCCCCCCGCCUCCAAGGCGUUUGCAGCCGAGUCCCUCAAAGCCACCCCCGACACCACCAAAGACCUCAGGGACAGCUUCAAAGCCCCGGGCAACGGCCCCAUAAAGAAUCUAUUUGAUGGUCUGAGCCACAUGUUUUUGGCACCGUCCUUCACCCGCCGACGCAGCAACGUCCCUAAUUACUCACUGACCCAGAGAAAGAAGAAUUCGACGGACAACUCGAGCCCUGAAUCGUCACCCAACAGUAAAGCGGCUUCUCCAGAAAUCCCGGAACCAAAGGUUCGAAAGGUCAGAGUUUCUGAGCCCAGGAGGGAGGAACGCGCCUCGAAGAGGGACAGCAGUCCUGAGGACAGGCGGUCACCCGAGAGGGUCAAGACGAUCACCCUGUCUCCGUCCAAGCUGAUCAAGACUGCAGUCAAGAGCAAAAAACUAGAACAGGAGAGACGGAAGGAGUUGAAGAGGGACGUUUCCUUCCUGGAUGCGGACGCGCCUGAAGCGGUGAAGACCAAGAAAAAGAAGAAAAAGCAGGAGCAAUCGGCCGGCGAGUCUGAAAACGAAAUUGAGCACAGGCUUGUGUUGCCAGCUGGCGUAACUCAGAGGGACGUCGAGACGUUCAAGAAGGCCCAGGAAAAGGGCAACGCGGUAAGUCUCGAGGUUGCUCCUUCAGCUGACUUGCUCCUCUCCACUGUUGGAAACUCUGGCACCCCAACGGCCGCGCCCAGGUGUCCGGCUGCAAUUGAGUUCGGCAAGUACGACAUUCAGACGUGGUACUCGUCACCGUACCCUCAAGAAUAUGCAAGGCUCCCACAGCUCUUCCUGUGCGAGUUUUGCCUCAAGUACACCAAGAGCAAAUCAGUCUUGACAAGACACCAGGGCAAGUGCCCGUGGAGACACCCACCUGGAACAGAAAUUUAUCGUCACAACAGCCUAUCAGUAUUCGAGGUCGACGGCAACGUGAAUAAAAUUUACUGCCAGAAUCUCUGCCUGCUGGCCAAGCUUUUCCUGGACCACAAAACCUUGUAUUAUGACGUCGAGCCGUUCCUUUUCUAUGUCCUCACAAAGAAUGACGUUAAGGGCUGCCACCUAGUGGGAUACUUUUCUAAGGAAAAGCACUGCCAACAAAAGUACAAUGUGUCUUGCAUCAUGACAAUGCCUCAGUACCAGCGGCAAGGAUAUGGACGAUUUCUCAUUCAUUUUAGCUAUCUUCUGUCAAAACACGAAGGACAACCUGGCACUCCAGAGAAGCCUCUCUCAGAUCUUGGACGGGUUACUUAUACGGCUUACUGGAAAUCUGUUGUGCUCGAGCAACUACACACUGGCUACAAAAAAAGCGACAAACCUCUUAGUUUGAGAGCCAUGAGCAAGGAAACUGGCAUCUGUUGGCACGACCUUGCUGCCACCCUGGCCAUGUUGAAUUUCAUCCGUCGAAGACAGGACGAUGAAAAACUGGUGCUAUGCAUUAACUGGAGACAGGUUGAAGAUCACUGGCAGAGGAUUUCGCAUAGCAAGUCUCGCAUACCUUUAGACCCUGAGUGCCUCAGGUGGACGCCAUUGGUGCCUGCUAACGCCGUUUUCAAGGAUGAUGAUAAGAGUUUCGACGACGAUUUGGAAGACGAAGCUAAUACGCCUAUGAUUCCAAUUGGACCUCCAAUCAUUGUUGAAACACCAAUGGGUGUGAAGAAGAAGGGGAAGAAGAAGAGAAGGACGCUUGCUGAGAAAAUUGCAGAGGCCAACGCUGAGAGCAAAGAAAAUUUGCUGAAGAAAUUGAUAAGGAAACGGAGCCGAGAAGUUGCUAUCGAACAUGAAGAGGAGGAUGAAGAAGAAAAGACAGAAGAAGAAGUGGCUGUUAUAGAUGAAAAGCCAAAGAAAAGGCAGCGUUUGCAGUCAAGCACUGAAAAAUCUGCUGAGCCACCAACGCCUGCCAAACCUAUUGCCCAAGAAGGCCCGAAGAAGAGAGGACGUAAGCCAUCAGUGGUUCUUCCUGUUGAACCUCCCCCUCAAGAGUCGAAGCCAAGAAGAUCUUGCACGAAGAAGGAAAAGGCUCCUCCAAAAAGUGAAAGUGAGAGUGAGGCUGAGGAAGACGAGCAGCCUGCUUCGGAACGUAGACCUAAAAGAAGGGCAGUUUUGGCUGUUGCAGAGGCAAAAAGCAAGAGAAAAUCAGACCGACCAGCAAGAUCGGCAAGGAAAAGUGUUGUUGUUGAUGAGCCUGAGGAGGAAGAGGAUGAUGGUUCCCCAAAUCUGGAGCCUGAACCCCCUAUUAAAGAAAACAGCAAGCCCCCAAAUUCUCCUCCAGUGUUAGAAGAAAUCACUUCCAUUGAGGUCCAACCAACCACAACGCCUAAAAAGAGAGGUCGACCAAGCAAGAAGAACAGCAAACAUCGACGAGGUCGAAAGAAGUCUAGAGGAGUUGCCGAUAAGAUGGACAAUGAUGAUUUUGAGGCUGUGAACAUAGAGCCAAAGGAAGAGAAGCCUGAUGAAAUAAUGAACGAAGAUAACGAGGAGGACAGACGUUCAACCGAUACUCACAUUGAGGAGGACGAGAAAUCACAAGAGCCGCCUGCCACACCAAAAGAGAGUUCAGAUCACGAAGAGGAGGAAGACGAGGAAGAGAAAAAGUCUGAAACUCCUGUCAAAAUGGCAGAAGACAAAGAGUCUUCUUCUCCCCAAGCAAAUGAAAAAACUGAAUUGGCCAAGGAAAAUAUUUCUGAUGAGCCGAAGAAGGAGUCUAGGCCUGAAGUGGAAAGGAUACCCUCACCAGUUUCACAGAAAGAAGAGAAAUCUAUCGAUGAGCCAAAGCAGCCUUUGAAUCAUCCUUCCCCUCAAACAUUGAUGCACAAUGGUACGGAAGAAGCCACAGAACCUCUUGCUGUAGAGACAAGGAAAUUGGCAGAUUCUCCUCCUGAAAAGCAGCAGAUUUCUCCAGCAGUUGCCCAGCCCAGUCCUGUGCCAGUUGCAUCUGUUCCGUCUCCGAUGCCUCUUUCAAUCUCGCAACCUAGUCCCAAACCUCCAAUCCUGCAUCAGGAGCCGAGUCCCCAGCAACCCAGUCCAGUGCCGCAGCCAAGUCCUGCACCUCAGCCAAGCCCAGUUAUGCAGCCGAGCCCAGUAAUGCAGCCAAGUCCAAUUUCAAACAGCCCUUCGCACCGACCAGAGCUUCCUAAGCACAGCCCGAACGUUGUUGAGCCAAGAUCUGUUGAGACAAUCAAAAGCCCAAGGCCAAGUCCUGUACAUCAGAUGAUAUCAAGUCCCCGUCCUUUGGUCCAAGAGCAGAUCAGGAGUCCGCAACCUGACCCUUCUGCUUUGAAGGUUGCAGAAAGAAUAAGGCUUGAAGUUACCAGGGAGGAUGCUAAGAAGGCCAAACAUAAGGAGCUAAGCUCACAUGCGGUGAUCAAUGUUGAUGAGCGUCUGGAGGACAAACAACCGGAAAUGCCUCAUCUCGGAGUCUUCACUCCGGAUUCGACCACCAAUUCUGUUCACUCCAUGCAUGGCUACGGAGGGCCUGCCUGCAGCGAGUUGGACCACCUGAGCAUGGAAUCUCCUGCCUCUGUUUCGUCCAGCGAUAUGCAGCCGGCAGUCGCACCUCCAUCUGUGGAGAUGGGCCAACCCAGUCCCCAGCAAAUACACCACCACCAUCACAUGACUGCAAUUCAUCAACCACCCCCUCAACAAAUUUAUCCGCAAGUGACAUCCGAGUGUGCCCACCUGCAGGCGCAGGUUUCAAUCCCGUCGCACCGGCCGACACCUCCAACCUCUUCAGCAGCCUCUAAAUCUGCGGCCGUGGUGCCUCCCCAUCCUCACAUGCCCUCUCUGCAUCCGCAGCAGAUGAUGCAUCACCAUCCCCAAGCUGCUCCCCCGCAGCAGCAGACACCUCCUCAGUGGCAGUACCACCCGGCAAUGCAGCCUCAGCACUACCAGACCCACUUCACGCCUCAGCAAUACGCAGUCAGCAUGCAGCAGCACCGGCAGCAACCACAGCAGAGGUCAGCCUGUGCUUCGGCACCCUUUUACAUCCAGACUUCGGGUCAGCAGGUCACGCAGGCAGCCAAUCCUAACUCCUGCAGCCUUGCCAAACUGCAACAACUGACCAACGGGCUGGACAUGGUGCCUCCAUCACCUGGACUUGCUUCGUCGCCAAAUCACACACCUCCCCCAUCACAUCACGCCACCCCUCCUCCUCAGGUCAUUCCUCAGCCGCAGGUCACACUGGCCAACUAUCACAAAUAUUACCCGACAAACGCUGCGGCCGCCGCCUUGACUGCCAGUCGAUCAGCGCCCCGUCAGGCAAUGGUGCAACGCAGUUCUCCAGGUCUGAUGACGCAAUAUCCGUCGAUGAAUGGCUUUCGAAUGGCGGCUGCCCACCAGCAGGCGCCCGUCACCAGCUACAUCACAAACCACAACUUCAUCAACCAGGCGGCGCAGAUCCCGAUGCAGAUGGGCGUGAUGCAGGCGCAGUACCAAGACCCGACGGCCGCUGCGGCCGCCACACAGAACACGGCCGUCUACACGUACGGCUACAUCAACGGUAGUCUGAUGCAGCCCCUGAACGGCACCAUGCGCAGGUAGCAAGACUGAGACUGUGUCGGGGUCAUACUUUUGUGCGCCCCUUGACAACUUUGUUUUAAUUUUAAGUUUUUUGUUUCUCUAAUCUCCGCACUCAAACAUUUGAACGCAUCGAGCCUGUGGAUCAAUGGCUGAAUUGAAAUACUGGAAAUUUCAUUUGUGUUUUCGUUUCUGGACUCCCAAUCUGGCCCAGAUUGUUGGCACUGAAAAGAUUUUAGACAAACUUUUGUGUUUUUUCGCACCAGUCACUAGCCUAUCAAUAGAAUGCUUUUAAUCAAUCCUGAUCGACCCACACUCGAGCCGCAGUUGGUUUCAGUGUCAGAGGACUUAUUCAAUAAUCUCAAAACUUGCUGGGCCAGCUGCGGUUUAGAAUUAAUCAUCGCACAUUGUAGUUGGAAUAGAGCAAAUAUUAUACUAGAAGGAAUAAAAAUAUUUAUCAUACUUUUUGUAACAACUUAAUACAUGUAAGCAGAAUAUUUUUAUCUUUGUAUGUGCAAACAGGUACAAAACAUUUUAAUAGUAACUCACUAAAAUAUAUUAUAUUACUGCGGUAGUAAAGAAUGAGUUAACUAUGCAAUUAAUCUAAUGUGAAAUAAAUGAUGGACUAUUUUUAAAAACAAAAAUACCGCUCUCAAAAGAAAUUCUUACUUACUUAUUGUUAGGGAAGGUUCUUUGUGUGUUAGCAGAAAAAAUAAAAUAAAACAGUGAUUUAUGAAAUGCGCCGGGGUUGAAAAGAGGAGAUGUUGAAUAUAAUAUAAAAAAUUGGUUCCUGAGAUGAAUAUUCCAAAUUUUCUAAUGAAACAAGAUGAAACGUGCAGCCUGAAUGACGUGUGUACUUUUUGCGUGCGAGGAACUGUAAUUUCAAAAUGAGUCCUUUCUUUUUGUUGUAAUCUCUCCAUUAUUUAUUCUGUAAAUUUUGUGAAAAUCAAGAAUGACUGUUAUCAGUGUGAUGGAUGGUGUACCUAUCAAAAUAAAUACGAUGAAAAUAAUCUUAAUCCAAGGAGAAGGCUAGCACUACACAGGCCUAUUGUUGCCUUACUUAGUGAUGAUUAGACAUGAUGUUGAAAGUGAGAGUGAAAAUGGGAGAUUUUUCGUACUCGUCUUUACUUUUCCUCUUUUUCUGUAGAAGCUGUACAUGUAAUAGCUAAUAAAAGAGCUGUUGAAUAUGAUUAAAACAAUAAAUUUUAUU